CGCACACCACCGAACCUUGUCCCAUAUCUACUUGCGAUGCUCCGAAGGAGUCAGUCUGCCGCCAAUGCGCAGAGCUUAGAAGCGCUCAUCGGGAUCAGCGAAGACGAGCAAUAUCAGCUAAUUGGCGACUUGUUCAAGGCCAAAUACGGAUAUCCGGCUAGACCACAGCAACUCGAAGCUGUGGUAAACCUUCUCAAUGGCCGAACCACUUUCCUACUAGCCGGUACAGGCUUUGGCAAGAGUCGCGUGCCGGAAAUGGUGUAUCUGGCGUUUGACGAACUUUAUGCUCCGAUCUUGCUCAGCAUAAACCCGUUAGAUGCAUUAGGCGACGACCAGGUCAGCGAGAAAGCCAAGGUGCAAUUGAAGGCUGUGAAUUUGACCAGUGCAAAUUGUACUCGCGAGACGUGUGACGCGAUUAUCCAAGGGCAAUUCAACUUCGUAUACGUGAGCCCGGAGAUAGCUUUAACAAGCGAGGCCUUUGACCGCUUGUGGACGGAUCCGCGUUUUCAGUCCAGGCUGGUACUGAACGUGGUCGAUGAGGCCCACAUGGUCUAUACGUGGGGCCUCGUCGAGACCGGACAAGCUAAACGACUCGCCAGUUGGACCCGUAUUCACGACGGUGGCGCGUUUCGCCCUUCCUACGGCCAGCUCGCCCGGCGGUUCCUCAGUUCUGACAAGGUCCCUUUGUUGUUGAUGUUGGCUACAUGUACCCCUCAAGCUGUCCAUGCAAUUUUGGUGAACCUGAAGUUGGAUUUGACUUACGUUCAAUUUGUGAGAGCUGAGCUCGCCCGCCCUGAAAUUCGACUCAUCCGGCGUACCUUCAAACGUCCUCUCCAAAGUUCCUUACGCACGAUGUUCGCACACCACACUGCCGUGCAAACGUGUGAAAUUCCUCCAACGUUGAUCUACUCGGGCACCCAAAACGCGACCCUAGAGCACUUGGAGUUGAUCAACUUGGCCCGAGGCCAACCUCUGGAAGCUCGAAAUGGCUGUUCAACAUUUGCCCGGCGUUACCAUGCCACCACCGGCGACAACACGAAAUUGGCCGCGGUCGAGGCAUACGCAGCAGCCCAACUGGCGGUCAUUUGCUGUACACUGGCGCUCGGAUUAGGGCAGAACUGGCAUCGGGUUCGCCGUGUGGUCAUCGUAGGUCGACAUGACCCAUGCAACGUCAUUCAAAUGACUGGGCGGUGCGGCCGUGACGGGAGACAGGGACUCGGUUUCCUCCUGGUGGAACACUGUCGCACGAAUGGCAAGAACCAAAUCGACCAAUUUGACACGGCGGCCGUCAUGUCUGACGACGACCGCAUGGAUGCUCUAUCUAUCACACCGGUGUGCCUCAGGAUAGCGCUUGCUAUUGAUCUUGAGCAUGGGUACAUACCGCUGGACAAAGACUCGAUCUUCGUUCUCAGGGAGCAUGCCCGACAGCGCGAAGCUGGUAUGUCCCAGUGCAAAUGCUCCAACUGCCUUCCUGAGGAAGCAGAAGCACUGUGGCUCGCUCAGGCCGCCCUCACGACAGCCAACAUCGACGCGGCCUUGGAGAUGACCGAAGACCAGCUGCUUGACCUCCUGGAGGAGCAGCCGAAUCAGGCUCUUGCCCCGACUGAAGAUUUGCGGCCCGCCAUCUUGCCUUGUGGCAGCGAUGAUCCGAUAUUGGAAAAUGGAUCCCUGGAAAACCUUGUCACGCGACUCGAUCGAGCAUUCACUGCGUUCUGGAUAACCCAGUUCACUGGGCCUUGCCAUCUGGGGCCAGACGAUUACUUUGGCCAAGAUAUGGCAUGGGACCUGGCGAAAAAUGUAGACAUAUUGGUCAACAAGGACGAUUUCAGUCUGGUCCUGGGGGGGGAAUGUAUACCCGGACAACUUGAUUGCCUUUUUGACGCAUUUCAAAUGUGGCGCUCUGAUACC